AUGGCCACCACACUCCUUAAUUCAGAUCUGCCUGUGGCCUCGGAGGCCCGCAGCAAUUGGGUUGUACAGAAAUUUGGCGGCACCAGUGUCGGCAAGUUUGCUCUUAAUAUCAUUGAGCAGGUCAUUCAACCCAGUUUGGCUGAGAGCAGAGUCGCUGUUGUUUGCUCUGCAAGAAGCAGUUCUACUAAAGCCGAGGGCACCACGAACCGGCUAUUGCGAGCAGCGCGCGACGCUGAAAACUCCCAUUCACGCCAAUAUGAGUCAUUGGUGGAGGCCGUUCGCUUGGAGCAUAUCCAAGUCCUUCAAGACCAAGUCAAGUCGGUCGAAUUAAGAGACCAAGUGAUCGCGGAUAUCACUGAAGAGUGUGGGCGAGUAUUGAAGGUACUCGAGGCCGCCCAAACCCUGGGCGAGAUUAGCGCUCGCUGUGUGGACAAGGUGAUGAGUGCUGGUGAGAAGCUCAGCUGUCGAGUCAUGGCCGCUCUCCUGCAAGAUCGUGGGGUGGAUUCACAAUACGUGGAUCUGUCCGAGAUCAUCGAUUUCCCUAUUGGCAGCAAAGGGCUCGAUCAAGACUUCUAUAACAACCUGGCAGCGGCCUUUGGUGCGAAGGUCGAGGCCUGCGGACACCGAGUGCCUGUCAUGACCGGAUACUUUGGUACCAUCCCCGGUGGUCUGCUGGACCAGAUCGGCCGAGGAUAUACCGAUCUUUGCGCCGCCUUGGUUGCCGUUGGCACGCAUGCGAAGGAGUUGCAGGUAUGGAAGGAAGUUGAUGGUAUCUUCACUGCGGACCCUCGCAAAGUACCCACCGCUCGCCUUCUGGCCGCUAUCACCCCCGCCGAGGCCGCCGAAUUGACUUUCUAUGGAUCAGAAGUCAUCCACCCCUUCACCAUGGAGCAAGUCAUUCGCGCCAAGAUCCCCAUUCGUAUCAAGAAUGUGAUGAACCCCAGGAACCGGGGAACCAUUAUCUUCCCAGACUCUGUGGCUGAACUGGAGAGAACCACUCCGGGCCAUGAUCCCCGUCUGUUCCGCACUCGGAGUCCCAGUCUGAUGCAGACCCCCAAGCGGCCGACAGCAGUCACCAUCAAACACAAUAUUCUGGUGAUCAACGUGCAUUCCAACAAGCGAUCGCUCUCUCACGGUUUCUUUGCGGGGAUUUUCUCUGUCCUGGAUAAGUGGCGCCUGUCAAUUGACCUGAUCUCGACCAGCGAGGUCCACGUGUCCUUGGCCCUUCACUCCGAGGCGCCCCUCCUGAACGGCAAUGGAAGGGAUGAGUACCAGGUCAUCGAUGACGAUCUGAAAGGGGCCCUGAAUGACCUGGGGCGGUACGGAACUGUAGAUAUCAUUCCUGAGAUGGCCAUCCUCAGUUUGGUCGGCAAACAGAUGAAGAACAUGACCGGCGUUGCCGGCCGUAUGUUCACUACACUUGGGGAGAACAGUGUCAAUAUCGAGAUGAUCUCGCAAGGAGCCAGUGAGAUCAAUAUUUCGUGCGUCAUCGAAGAACGCGACGCCGACCGGGCCCUGAACAUGAUCCAUACCAGCAUGUUCACCUUCUUGGACUAA